AUGCCUGUGAAGUUUGUUCAGUUGAUAAUGGAUUGUGUGACCACUGUCAGUUACUCCUUGCUAUUGAAUGAGGGACUAACAGCUAAAUUCCAAGCAAAGAAAGGGCUAAUACAAGGAGACCCAAUGUCUCCUUACCUGUUUGUAUUGGUGAUGGAAGCAGACAAGAUUUCUAUAAGCUUAUUACUGAAAAGAUUCACUCACUUCUCUGAGGUCUCAGGUCUCAAGGCCAACAUGGAGAAGAGUGCACUGUAUAUUUUUGGGGUUCCUAAGGAGUUCAAAGAAAUGAUUCUAGAAGAAAUGCAAUUCACACUAGGAGAGCUACCAUUCAAGUAUCUAGGAGUGCCAUUGUCUUCCAAGAAAUUGUCUAUACAACAAUGGAUGCCAUUGGUUGAGAAGAUCAAUGUCAGAAUUAAUUGUUGGACAGCCAAAUUCUUGUCAUAUAGUGGAAGACUUCAGCUACUCAAAAGAAGGAGUGAACCAUCUAGAAAGGCCUUGAUAGCUUGGGAUACAAUUUGUAUGCCAAUGUCAGCAUGUGGGUUUAAUGUUUUGGAUAUUUACUCCUGGAAUAAGGCUGCCCUAUGCAAGCUGCUGUGGGCUAUCACUACAAAGAAUGAUACCCUAUGGAUCCACAACUUUUAUAUAAAAGACAGAAGUGUUGGGACUAUGAGUACUCCUAAACAUGCUUGUUGGCUUGUUAGGAAGAUAUUUGAUGCUAGGGACUGGUACAGUCAAAAGAGCCCCACUGAUGAUCUGAACAGCUACUGCAAGCAAGAAAAAUUCAGCAUUAAAAAGCUCUACAUUGCAACAAGACCUCAAUACCAGAAUAGUCCGUGA